AUGCUUGAGCUGUUUCACAAUCUGAGCGAUGAGUACGGAUUUUCAGCUCUCAUGUACAAUUUGAUGUUUACUCGCGACAAGGAUGGCUUCAGUCCAAUUGAGGUUGCUUGUGUCAAGGGCGAACAGCAGAUACUCGAGUACUGUGUGACCAGAAUGAACAAGAGCUUUGAGCUGCAGCUGAUGCACUUUUCGGCGUUCACCUCCAAUUUGACGUUUAUCAACUACGUGCACAGAAAACAUGGUCGCUCUUUUCUAGCGGACACUGGUCAUAAUAACAGAACCGUUCUACACUACGCCUGCAUGUCAAAACGGGAAAACCUCGAGAUGAUUAAAUUUCUCUGCAGAGAUCUGGAGUUCGACAUCAACGCGAAAGACGAGCAGGACCUGACCCCGCUGCUGUUGGCUGCGAGCGUCGGCAACGCCACCACCGUCGAGUACCUGAUGACGCUGCCCUCGACGGAGCUGACCUUCGACGAGGACAACAACAACGUCCUCCACCUGGCCUGCUCCUCGGGCAGCGAGAAGACCGCCCUCACGGUGAUGCGACUCGCCGACAAGCUGGGCAUCGUCGACACGCUGGUCGCCUCGGUGAACGCCUUCAAGCAGACGCCGCUCCAUCUGGCCGCGCAGAAGGGCCUCUGCGAUGUGACGCAGGAGCUGAUCUGCAACGGCGCCUCCAUCAACGACGCCGACGACUUCAACUACACGCCGAUGAUGUACUGCGCCCGCGACCCGAAGGCCGCCUCCUGCAUCAAAAUGCUCUUCACCAUCUUUGAGAGUGAAAUUCAGAACAAGAGCAAGAUGACUGAUGUCACCUUUGACUAG